UCUUCAUCUCUCUCUCUCUCUCUCAAACUUCCCCCACGUCGAAGGAGCAUUUACUAAUCCGGUUCUGAUUUUCUUCUUCUUCUUCUGAGAAUCCUGACAUCAACGAUCACGAGAAGCUCGUUGAACUUCUCACCAAACUUUGUUGCUAAUCAAUUUCCUCCGGAAAGGAAGUCGAAGAUUCAUUACUGGUGAAGAUUUUGAUCAUUGUACUUGUUAGAUCGUGAGAACAGAGGAAAAAUCGAAUUGGAGUGUAAAUCUUUUGUUUCUGUGCGUUGAAAAGAAAGAAUUGGAGAUUCUUGGAAGGAGAAUCGAGUGUGAUUCAUCAAAAUGCCGCAGGAAUUCAGUUUUCGGAGUUCGAUUUUGACGUCUCCGAACAAGAAUAUGAGAGGAUUGAAGGCUCUGGUUCCGAAUUGUAAUGAGAUUACUUCUAAUUCCGCGAUUUCUGAGGAAGUUAUCAACGACGAUGAAUUGGCUCAGCGGAAAGCGGAAGAAGCUGCGUUGAGGAGGAAUCAAGCAGUAGAAUGGCUACGCCAAAUGGAUCAUGGAGCAUUAGGAGUACUAUCGAAGGAGCCCUCAGAAGAAGAGUUCUGUCUCGCUCUUCGCAAUGGCCUUAUCCUCUGCAUCGUCCUCAACAAAGUAAACCCUGGUGUUGUUCCCAAGGUAGUGGAGAGUCCAGUUCUGACAGUUCAAUCAACCGAAGGAGCUGCUCAAUCUGCAAUCCAGUAUUUUGAAAACAUGAGAAACUUCUUGGAGGCAGUUAAAAACAUGAAGCUCUUGACAUUCGAAGCUUCCGACUUGGAAAAGGGAGGUACUUCUAGUAAAGUUGUGGAGUGUAUUCUUUGCUUGAAAGGAUACUAUGAGUGGAAACAAGCUGGUGGGAUUGGCGUUUGGAGAUAUGGAGGAACUGUACGGAUCACAUCUCUUGCCAAAAGUUCACCAUCCGUGACUGGAACUGAGAGUACAGACGAGUCGGAUUCGUCUCGGUUCGAGCAGCUACUAGACUUCCUCCAUCUUUCUAAUGAAGUUUCAGUUGAAGAAUCAAGAACUUGCAGUGCUCUUGCUUUUCUUUUUGAUCGUUUUGGACUCAAACUUCUACAAGCUUACCUUAAAGAGACUAACGAAAUUGAAGAUUUCCCUUUAAAUGCAAUGGUAAUUGAUGCACUACUUAACAAGGUUGUCAAGGAUUUCUCUGCACUGCUCAUGUCUCAAGGCACUCAGCUUGGGCUCUUUCUGAAAAAGAUGUUAAAAAGUGACUUAAGUUCAUUAUCGAAAUCUGAAUUCAUAGAAGCAAUUUCUCGAUACAUCAGUCAAAGAGCUAAUAUGGCAUCAAGUGAUAUCUCCAAAUUCUGUGUUUGUGGAGGAAAACGUGAGGUUAUUCAUAGGACUGCUUUUGGCCAUGAAGAACAAGUUCGUGCUCAACAAAAUCAAAUUCAGGAGCUAAACUCAGCAUUUCAAGAAACCAAGCUUGAAGUUAAACACAUACAGUCCCAAUGGAAUGAGGAAGUUGAAAGGCUUGAACAUCAUCUCAAGGGCCUUGAAAUGGCUUCCUCUUCUUACCACAAGGUCUUGGAAGAGAAUCGUAUACUUUACAAUCAAGUUCAAGACCUUAAAGGAACAAUAAGGGUAUACUGUAGAGUGAGGCCUUUCUUGCCAGGACAAGCCAACCAGCAUUCUACUGUUGACUAUAUUGGAGAAAAUGGGAACAUAAUGAUUGGAAGAAGAGUAUUUUCCUUCAAUAAAGUCUAUGGAACUAAUGUUACCCAAGGAGAAAUAUAUAUGGAUACUCAACCAUUGAUCAGAUCUGUUCUUGAUGGUUUUAAUGUAUGCAUCUUUGCAUAUGGACAAACGGGCUCGGGAAAGACAUACACAAUGAGUGGCCCAGAUUUGAUGAGUGAGGAUACAUGGGGUGUUAAUUAUCGAGCUCUCAAUGACUUAUUCCAAAUAUCAAAUGCAAGAUUGGAUAUGAUAAAAUAUGAAGUUGGUGUUCAAAUGAUCGAAAUAUACAAUGAGCAAGUGAGAGAUUUGUUAGUCAGUGAUGGCUCAAACAGAAGGUUAGAUAUACGAAACAACUCUCAACUAAGUGGCCUUAAUGUACCUGAUGCAAGCUGGGUUCCUGUGACAUGCACUCAAGAUGUUCUUCAUUUGAUGAACAUUGGCCACAAUAAUCGAGCUAUCGGUGCUACGGCGUUAAACGAGCGAAGUAGUCGUUCACAUAGUGUUUUAAUAGUUCAUCUUCUUGGAAAAGAUUUGGUGUCUGGAUCCAUCAUUAGGGGGUGUCUUCAUCUAGUUGAUCUAGCUGGUAGUGAAAGAGUGGACAAAUCUGAAGCUGUUGGUGACAGAUUAAAGGAAGCACAACAUAUAAACAAAUCCCUGUCUGCACUUGGAGAUGUGAUAUCUGCUCUUGCACAAAAGAGUGCUCAUAUCCCUUACAGAAAUAGCAAACUUACUCAACUCCUUCAAGAUUCUUUAGGUGGACAAGCUAAGACAUUGAUGUUUGUACAUAUAAAUUCCGAGGCCGAUGCACUCGGAGAGACGAUUAGCACGCUUAAGUUUGCUGAGAGAGUUGCCUCCAUUGAAUUAGGUGCAGCUCGUUGUAACAAAGAAAACAGUCAAAUCCGAGAGCUUAAAGACGAGAUAUCGAAUCUUAAAUCAGCUUUAGAGAGGAAGGAUACAGAGCUUGAACAGCUAAAGGGUGGCAAUGCUCGAGCUCUUGGACACAAUCAGAAGCCAAGAACUGCCUCGCCCUUUCGUGUUCUAAGACAUGGUACUAAUGGAGGUGCUAAGCCUGAACAUAGUCAACGGCCUCUGGAUGAUACUAAAACUUUGAAGGCUAGAAGCUGCUCUUCAGGAAAGCAAAGAAGGUCAAGAUUUCCCUCAACAUUGACAGAGAAAGAUGCAAUAAAAAUGAGAUUGUUAGGUGAAGAGAGAUCAACAACAAGUUCAAGCUCUGGAAAUCCAAGGUCACCAUCUCCACCAGUUAGGAGAUCAAUAUCAACAGAUAGAGGUGCCCUUUUAAGAAGCAAGGUUAAGACAGAGACGAACGAGAACCAACCAAUAGCAAAGCCUUCAUCAUUUCUUGAUAUCCAAAAAGCAGCAAUGGGCUCAACAAAGAAGAAGCAACUAGUUUGCCAAGAAAAAAAUGAGCAAGAUUCAAGAAAGAGUGACUUCUCUGAGAUGGAGAAUGACCAGUUUCUUGGGGGAAUGCCUCUUGGUGGUGCUUUGAAGGUGAAAAAAGUUUGUCACAACUUCCCGAGGAACUCUCAGAAUCUGGAACCACCAAGAGUACAAGUUGGGGCUGUUGAAACUUUGCUAAGAACAAGUAGAGUUGAGAAUGGGAGUCGCAAUCAAAACAAAGUCCGCAAUGGAUCAAUGCCUGAAUUUGGAAGAAGCAGAUCUACAACUCGCAGGGAGUGAACACUGAAAAUAACUUACCUUAACACUCCAAUGAAUAUUAAUUAAAUCUCCCUUGUAUGGCCUAAAU